CGCAAGAUGAACCUAUUUCAACGAAGGGAGCCGAUUCAAUUUACAUAAGUAAUAUUUACUCGAGUGAAACGAUGAACCUCAUUGAGGAUAAGGUUUCUAUGGAUGAUCUGGAAGUAGGUGGGAUCAGUUUGUUCGAUCUGGUGCGCUCUAGCUGUGGUAGUGCGGACAUCUGUCCCAGUUUUCGUGGGAAUUGGAGUGAGACUAAUACUAUUACGAUUGGAUUUCUCGGCGCUUAUGGAUGGAGUCAGACAAUCCUAGGUGCGCUGCCGUUGGCCGUGGCGGCCAUCAACCGAGAUCCGAACCUGCUACCGGGCUUCAAGCUGCGGUUUAUAUCUGCAGAUAUCGGCAGACCCAGACCUACCCUGCCGCUGGACAAGGACAGCCUUUCUUUAAGGGUGAUGACACAAAUGCGGGACCUCGGCGUGGUAGCGUUCUUCGGACCCGAUGGGACAUGUCACACCGAAGCAAAGCUGGCCGCUGCGUGGAACCUGCCUCUUAUUUCCCAUAAAUGUGCAGGAGCCCAAGGCAGAGAGACGGGCGGUCUGGGCUCGACCUUCGCCCGCACUCUUCCACCAGCGCAUAAAGUCAGCAAGUCCGUCGUUGCUCUGCUCAAGGCCUACGGGUGGAGCAAGUUCGCCAUCGUAGCCGGUGAUGAGCUCACAGCGGCUGAACAACAGAUGGAUGCUAUCAAAGAGUUAUCUCAGAGCAACGGGCUUACAAUAACGGCCGAGCAUCGCUUUGCGGAUUACAUACCACGACACAUCUCCCAUAUGGAACGAAUCGUCGACGAGACCUUUGAGAGGACUAGAGUUUACGUGUUUCUCGGUGAGCACAUUGCGCUGGUGGACUUUGUGAACGUCCUCCAAAGAAGAGGGCUUCUGGCUGCCGGCGAGUACGCCGUAGUGGCCGUAGACGACGAAAUAUACGAUCCUAAUGACGCCGCCAUCACUCACGCUGAUCAUCUUAUACAAAACAGUAGCAGCGACGUGCUGGCGUUUAGGGCUGUCCUCAAGUUAACACCUUCUCAUCCAACCAACCCUUUUUACCCGACCCUUUGCCAAAUGAUACGGAAGCUCUCAGCGGCUCCCCCGUUCUGCGUCCCAAAUUACCACAAGAUAUUCGAGGACACUUCGGUGCCAAUAGAAGCAGCUCAUCUGUACGACGCAGUGACGCUGUGGGCCCGUGCUGCCACAGCCGCGUUGCAGCACGGGCUACCUCUUACUGAUGGCGCCACCUUGAUAAAGCUGUUGCGACCAACUACCUACAGAUCUUUACAAGGGUUUGAUGUCAUAAUGGACAGCGCUGGCGACGCAGAAGGCAACUUCUCAGUGAUCGGAGUGGUAGAAGAUUCCUCAGCACCCAGUGGUUGGAGCGCGCAGCCUGUUGCCGCGUUCAGAUACGCCAACUCCACCGAUUUAUUGCCUGAAUUUGUUGGCGGUUCAAAAAUCGCCUGGAUAGGUGGCCGGCCCCCCGUCGCAGAGCCAGAAUGCGGCUUCGACGGCAAGAAGUGUGCUCUACCUCACGACCCCGUGGUGUUGUCAGCCGCUGCAGCAGUAGCCGCGGCCGCGAUACUGGCUGCCGCACUGUUGCUCCGUCACUACAGAUACGAGCAGAAGCUUGCCUCUGUGCUGUGGCGGAUAGAGGCCAAGGAUCUCACACUCAUCACCACUUGCACUGAUAAUAAGGAUGGCAUACCACAAGAAGUUGAUAAGAAACGUGCACACACUACCAUCGCGUCAUACAGAGGGAACAUCGUGGCUGUCAAGCGACUCAAAAAGAAGAACAUUGAUGUCACCAGAGCUAUCAAGAAGGAAUUAAAGCAGAUGCGUGAACUACGACACGAAAACCUGACGCCUUUCGUCGGAGUGUGUGUGGAGACCGGCGUGGCUUGCAUCGUGACGGCUUACUGCUCCCGAGGUUCCCUGGCCACAGUGCUGGACGACAGGGACCUGCACCUCGAUGACAUGUUCGUCGCGAGCCUGGUGGCUGACCUGCUGCGAGGGUUGACGUACCUGCACGACUCGGCGUUGAUAUCGCACGGGAAUCUGACGUCGAGCAACUGCUUGGUGGACAGACGCUGGGUGCUACAGAUUACGGACUAUGGACUGCACACUUUGAAAAGUGGUUGUGCUGACACGGAAGACGCACUACGGAUGGAGAAACGCAUGCUCUGGAGGGCCCCUGAACUGCUGCGAGACCCCACCCCUCUCCCCAGGGGGUCGCAGAAAGGGGACGUGUAUUCCUUUGGCAUCAUCUUGUACGAGAUACUUGGGAGGAACGGACCUUGGGGUGACACGAAUCUUACUAAUGCCGAAAUAAUCGGGCGAGUUCGUCAGCCAAUUGGCGGAGUCUUCUUCCGACCACCCCUUGGAGGAGUGGCUGCUCGACCGUCGGUGCUGGCCGUGCUAAAGGCGUGCUGGAGUGAGCGCCCGGACAGACGACCGGAUGUGCGCCUCGUCCGGCUGAGGCUUAAGGACAUGCAUGCUGGAAUGAAAACGAAUAUCUUCGACAACAUGCUGGCAAUGAUGGAGAAGUACGCCUCGAACCUGGAAGGUCUGGUGGCGGCCAGGACGGAAGAGGUGAUGCAAGAGAAGAGGAGGACCGAUGAUCUGCUCAAUAGGAUGCUGCCGAGGACAGUGGCCGAAGCCCUGAAGCGCGGGGAGCCUGUCCAGGCGGAGAGCUAUGAUUGCGUCACCAUUUACUUCAGCGAUAUCGUGGGCUUCACCAACUUGGCUGCCACCAACACUCCAAUGCAGGUGGUGGAAAUACUCAACGAUUUGUAUACGUGCUGUGACGCUAUUAUAUCGUUCUACAAUGUUUAUAAGGUUGAGACCAUCGGCGACGCGUACAUGGUGGUGGGAGGUCUACCAGAACGGUGUCCAAGGCAUGCGGCUGAGGUGGCAUCUCUCGCGCUGCACGUGCUAGAUGCCGUGCCUAAGAUACGCAUGAGGCACAUGCCGGCUGCCAGGCUGCAUAUCAGGAUAGGCAUACACAGUGGACAGUGUGCUGCUGGAGUAGUAGGGAUCAAGAUGCCUCGUUACUGCCUAUUUGGAGACACGGUCAACACUGCAGCGAGGAUGGAGUCGACUGGCGAGCCUCAACGCAUCCAUGUCAGCAACGACACUUAUAGGCUGCUCAAACAACAUGGCGGAUAUCAUUUCAAGGAACGAGGGAUUGUCAAUAUAAAGGGCAAGGGAGAAAUGAAAACUUGGUGGCUAGUCGGAGAAGAUCACGAGCGUAGGAAAAAUGCCCUAUUCAAAUACCCGGGUGUUAUCCCAGUACACGAUUCGUACGAGGAUGCACCAUGGAGCUUCGGGAGGUCUAUCGUGAAUAUCCGGGACAGAGCGCGGCUAUCCUGCGGGGGAUCGCUGGGCCCCGGAUCAGCGUUGUCCUCCCCGGGACCACCCGCGUGUGCGUGUUUCGUCCCGCAGAGGGAUCACCACUCCGCUCCCGCCGUCACGUUUUGUGAAGACUGACGCUAACCCAUCGAAGUAUUCCAUCCCACAAUCUACAGGUUGCUUUAAUGGAAUCAAUCAGGAACUGAAUAGCUUUAAAGGCUCAACUUGGAGUGGCUUGUCGAAGUACUUUCUAGAUAAUAAAGGAUACAGGGUGUACGAUUGUAAGGAUACGAGUAGCAAUGACUUUGACGAUGUCGUGAAGCGCGCACGAAUUUUGGCUGCCAUGAAACGGCUGCAUUGUCUUGAUUUCGAUUAUAACAAUUUUUCAUAGGAAAAAAAAGAAAGAAAGAAAAAACUUUCAUUUUUGAAAGCUGUGCCACA